AUGCGCGGCCGCGCGCUCCGGCUGGUGCUGCUGGCGCUGGUGCUCGGCCAGGCGCCGCGGGGCCCCGCCGCCCCGGUGCCGGGGAACGGAGGGACCGUGCUGGCCAAGAUGUACCCGCGCGGCAACCACUGGGCGGUGGGGCACUUAAUGGGGAAAAAGAGCACAGGAGAGUCCUCAUAUAUUUAUGAGGGAGGGAAUCUGAAGCAGCAGCCACAUGAGUACGUGAGCUGGGAAGAAGCCACAAGAAAUUUGCUCCACUUCUUGGAAGCCAAGGGAACCAGAAGCCAUCGGUCACUUCACUGGGAACCCCUGGGCAGUCACCAGACUACUUGGGAUUCAGAGGAUAACAGGACCGUCAAAGAUUUGGUGGAUCUCCUCCAGGCUCUCCAUCUGAAGCAAGGAAGCCCCAGUUGAACUGACAAUGGCUGCCUCUCUCGAAGAAGCAAAAUAAAACCCCUAAGAGACUGCAUUCUACAGGCAUCGAUUCCACUGGACCGCCACCAAGAUUUCCUUUGUGCAAAAUACUUAACUAUUCUUGUAUCUUUCAACCUUGACUAAAUUUAUGAUUUUCAAGCAAUGUCUUCUGGUUCGAACUUGUUUGCUGUGAAUACUUGUCCAAAAAGUCUUCCAAUUCAAUGCUUUUUACAGCUAGGCUAUUUGUCAAUUCGAUUUCCAUCCCCGAACUGUGACCAAUCACAAUAAAAGCUUAAAUGCAUUGUCCAAAGGCAGGUAGUUCUCUUAUUGCGAUACCAAAUGGAGGACAAAUAGCAGAGGUUAACAGCUGCAUGAUCGUUGUGCUCAUUGAAGAAGGCAGGCUGAGUUCUUAGCUGUCCCUUCUGAAGGCCACUUACUGAAUCCUUAUACCGACUUACAGCCUUUCGAGUGGCUACUCCCAGGAGCUGGCGCACCCUUAUCAUUGCCAGCAGGUGAGCUAGGCUGAUGGCAGAGGCUGGUCUUAUUCAUCACUUUAUAAUUCCCAUUUCUUUAGUCUUGAAUUUGACCAGGUAUUUUGCCGAUAGUAUUGACCUUCUCCUCAUAACAGUUUUAUAAAGCUGAGAAUGCUCAUUCUCAUUUAAUAGAUGAGGAGAUAGAAGGUUAGAGGAGGCUGGGGAAUCUGCCCAAAGUCACGUGGUAGAUGGAAAUGGGAUUCAAACAUCAAAAGUCUGGCCUCCCUGGUGGCACAGGGGUUAAAGACAGCACUAGCAAGCUAUCGCCAGCAUCUGCAGCAGGAGUUCCAUCCCCCGCUGGCCAGGGAGCUACCCACAUGGCACAGCAGACCUCUCCUGCCUCACCCGCUGCUCCCCUCAGCAGUGUACUUCAGUCAAUCUGCCUGUUCUGCUCCCCACUCUGUCUCCGGUGAAUCCUCUCACCCUGCCCCCCAUACCUCUGGCUUACAACCCAGU